UUUUUGGAGAACAUAGAUGAACAUAUUAGGGUUGUUAUUAUAAAAUUUUAUCCCUCUAGACCGUCCACGCCUAAACAUCCCAUUCCCUCCACCUCCAUUGAUUAAUCCACGUGAAUUUUUUUGACUUGCUUUUCCUCUCUACCUAUUUUAUGCCCUUUUUAAUAAAAAAAUAUUUUUUUUUAAUUUUUGCCUUCUUGCUUUUCCCCUCCCUUGUAUUCACGUGAAAUUGAUUUAAAAGAUUUUUUUCAAUUUUCCUUUCAUCUUUUAAAAUUUGCCCUUUUUGUUUAUUAAAAAAAUAUAUUUUUAUAGACUUGCCCUUUUAAUUUUCCUUUAAUUUUUGCCGAAUUGUGUUUUUAUUUUUAAUUUCAAAAUAAAAUUUUUCUUUGAAGUGAAAGGGCAUUUUAUUUAUUUUUAUUAAAAAAGGGCAUUUUAUUAUGAAAGAAAAUAUUUUUUUUAUUUUAAUUAUUAAUAAUGAUUGGAUUUUUGGGUUCUUGUUGACUUUUUUAUAGGGACCACUGAAGUAGAAGAUUACCCAAUUCUUUAAUGGGUUGUAUAUAGAGAUCGGUCCGUACGGGACUUUUACGGGAUCCCGUCUCCCGGGGUCUGAGCGACAAACGGGAUUACCGGGAUUUACGGGAUUAAUCCCGCGGGAUCCCUCCCCUUCAACAUUUCUAAACUCAAUCCAGUUCCGGGAUCCCGGCCUCUGGUUGUAUAUAAAAAAUGUCAAAAUGGGGGGACAAUAAGUCUCUGCAGACAUAAGAUUUUCAAAAAAAUUGGGCUAAUCAUAACCAUUUUAGAGAACAAAGGUUAAUAAACUAAAAACCCGAUCUCUUUAAUUUAAUUUAAAAUGUCUUCAAUUUCAAUAUUAACCGAAGAAGAAAAAAAAUUAUUAAUUGAACAAGCUUUAAAUGCUCAACUUAAUUCAUAUUGCCCUUAUAGUAAUUUUGCUGUGGGUGCUGCUAUACUUAAUUCUGAUGGGGAAAUUUUUAAAGGAGUUAAUGUUGAAAAUGCUUCUUAUGGGGGCACAAUAUGUGCAGAACGAAGUGCAAUAUGCUCUGCCAUUAGUGCCAUUGGGUCUAAGAAAUUUUGUCCAAAAGGCCUUUGUGUUACAACGAAUCUACCAUACCCAGCUGCUCCGUGUGGCAUUUGUCGUCAAGUUUUGGGUGAAUUUGGGGAUUAUCCAAUUUUGCUUUAUUCGACAAAAACUAAGGAUUUAAAUAUUACAAGUAUUAGUGAACUUCUUCCUAUGGGGUUUUCAAAGAAGGAUAUUGACAAGCAUGAACAAAUGAAUAAAGAAUGA